AUGGCUACGGCGGCUGUACAGCCUGUUGCACCUCCAGCGUUGAAGGGAUCCAAUGACAAGUGUUUGCCAGACGAUCUUGGUCAGAAUGGAGGAAGAAUCUCCACCGAUCGGGUUGGCUUCCUCAAGCCAACGCCUUUCCCGAUCGAAGAGAUGAGACAGCGACUGAGGAAGGAUGGAUACCUAUUCGUGAAAGGGCUCAUCCCCAGAGAAGAUGUCUUGGAUAUGCGAGAGAUUUACUUCCGGCAGUAUGAGUCCACAUCGCUUCUAGAGCCCGGAACAUCACCUCGGGACGGAAUAUUCAACUCCUCGUCCCACCCCGGUGCGCAGGGAAUUGGCGGCUCAGGCUUGCCAGUGGAUCCAGUCGAAGAGAAGGCUCUUAUCGACGCCCAUAGCGAGCCGCACUAUCGGGCUUUCGUCGAACACCCUGCUUUGACUGAAUUCAUCAGAAAAUUCAUGGACUGGAAGGAACACAGGCUCUUGGAUCGGACUAUGUUUACGGGUAUUCACUACGACAAAUUGUUUUUGAGAGGAGGUGAAGGGUUCUUCCUGACAGCAUGGGUACCGAUUGGUGAUAUUGCUGUCAAUGGAAGUGGCCUUUGCUACCUCGAGAAUUCAGUACCCCUUGGACGCCAUGUUGAGAAUGAUUACACCAAGCGUGCGGAAUCCUUUACCGAGCAAGAACGCAUUUCCGCGUUCAACGUGAACAUGCUCUCCGGAAGCAUGAUCGCAUCCUUUCCUCAAGACUUCCAGGCAAUACAUUCUGUCCACGGAGAACAUAAGUGGCUUGUCACGGACUAUGAGGCUGGUGACGUGGUCUUCCAUGACCCAUAUAGCAUUCAUGCGAGUGGGCGCAAUGAGGACAAGUCUGGUCGCAUCCGAUUGAGCUCAGAUCUGAGAUUCUACGACAAGAGCGAUCCCGGCAUUGACACGCGAUGGUAUAAGAUCUGGGCACCAGGUGAUGGUCUCUGA